UAUGACUACAGUGUCUGUGGAUUUUUUGCAACAGAUUACUCUUCUCGGUAAGCAAUUUUUGUUAAUUUCUAUAGACCCGAUGAAUAGGAAGUAAACUAUCACAGAGUUAAAGAAGGUCCUCACCAAGCCAUUGCUAUUGUCUGAUUUUAAGAAAAUUUGGAAGGCUCUCUAUUAUGGUAUUAUUUUUUUUAAUUUUAAGCAAUGUGGAGCUCAGAUAAGUAUCAAAAUCAAUAGAUUCUUGCAACUGAAAUAUCAUAGCUAACAAGAAUGUUCUACUCUAAUUUCACUGCAUUCAUCCAAUUUUCUAGAGCCAUGUUCCAUGUAUUUUUGGUUGAAUGGGAGAAGAUUGAUUAUUGGCGAAUUAAUAAAUUUAUGCUAUUAUUUAGGGAAAUCAUAGAAGAGUAAAUAAAAAUAUGCAAGCAUUUUAAUUGGAAGACAGUUCCCUAAUUAAUUGCUUUAUAUAAUGAGACUGUUUUAAAUCUAACAGAAUUUUAGACAGGUAUGAUUCAAUAUCAUAACUCUAUUAGUAUAAGGAGCUACAUUACACUUUAUCUAAAUAUAUGUUUAAUGUUUAGCUAAACAUAUGAGUGAUUCUACUGUUACAUAUGUUCAGGUUAAGGAUCUUCUUGAAGGGUUCUUAGAUAUUCUUAAACACAGUCCAAAUAAGACAUUGAGAGAUAAAACAAUACAAUAUGUUUAUGAGUAUAUAGAAGAGAAAUAAGCUAAUGAAACAUAUUUACCAGCCUUUGAUUCCAAGAAAUAUGGGAAUUAUGUUUUUAAAUUAGCUUCAUAAGAGUAAUAUAAUAUAAAGUAUCUUUUAGGAAUGUCAAUCCUUAAAAUAGGAAAGCUCUUUAUAGAGUGGCAGAGAUUUUUAAUUUUAAAGAAGCAGAGGAGGAAUCACCUAAGAUUGAAGUUGAAGAAGUUCCAAAAAAGAAAAAGUAAAAAAAAAUAUAAGAAAAUCAAUAAAUGCAAAAACCAUAAGAAAAACAAUAAUUUGAAGAAAAUUAUGUAUAAUAAUAAUAAAAUGAAGAACAAUAAUUUAAUUAGUAAGAAGAAUAAGAGGAAUAAGAAGUGAUUUAAGUACAUUAAAAAGUUAUAAAAAAAAAUGGAAAAGAAAAAGUAGCAAAAGAAAAGGAGUAAUAAUAAUAACAAAAUACAAAAGCAAAUUAGAAGGAAGAGAAAGCCAUAUUGAAAUUACAUAAGAAAUAAGAAGAACAAAUAAAUUCACAUUAUAUGCAAGAUAGUUUGAUUCAAGAUGAAGAUACUAUAGAAGGUGAUGAUUAUAGCGAAGUUAGAAAGAAUCCAAAUAAAUUAAAAACUUUAAAAGAGAUUAUGAAUUCUGUUCCUGUGUAUUUGUUUAUGAAUCCAGCUGAAAAACGCAAAUACUUUAAAUCUAUUAAUAUGAAAUUUUAAGAAGCUUUGUAAAAAGAAAAGGGAACUCAUUGUACACACAAUAAGAGUGUCCACUUUGAUUUAGCUAGAAAUAAAGUGAAAAGUAAUAAUGUGAAUUUAUUUUAUUAGCUUUCAAAUAAACAGACAAUGUGCUAAGAAUUUCUAAGUCAUGAA